GAUUGAUCCAGCACUAGCCUUUUCAUCGCAUGCUGUCGUGAUUCAGACGCCUCGAUGCAGGGCAGGGCAGGGCUUACAGACGAUGGUGUACCGAGGCAAACCAUCAUCAGCAUGCGGAGAAUGUAGAAAGCGCAGAAGUAGGUGUGAUCAAGUCACACCCUGUGGACAAUGCGUCAAAGCCGGUCGCAUAUGCCCAGGGUAUCGCAAUGCUGUCGAUCUCCUGUUCCAUGAUGAGAGUGCGAAGGUUGUUAGGAAGAGUAAAGGCCAGCCUUCAAGAUCAACUUCCACGUCAACACCAAUUGAGAAUGCGGUCGCAGCACAGAGCUUGACUCCUGUCAAUCUCACUAACUUUGUCGUGUACCAGCCAUGGGAUGACUUGGGUGUCCACUUCUUCAUGUCGAACUACGUCGGCACAGAUCCUGCCGUGUCACAGCUUCAUUACCUUCCAGACUUCUAUGCGAGGUCAGGAUACGCAACUUCGUCAUUGCAGAAAACGAUCAUUGCCAGCGGUUUGGCCGGCUAUGCGAGAACAGCUCGUCGGGCUGAUCUGAUCGAACAGUCCACCAGGACUUAUGUUGCCGCAAUACGAGACAUCAACACCACGCUGUCCAGCCCCCAGACUGCCGUUCAGGACACCACGCUCAUGUCGAUCAUGAUGGCUGCGAUGUUUGAGACUAUGCUAGUCUCGCCAGAGUCAGGCAUGCACAACGUCAGCAAGCACCUCGAAGGCGCUAUGUCAGUUGCAUACCUGAGCUUGCAACAGCGAGCGCCAAGCGACAUUUUCAAGGCGUUACUUAGCACCCUGAUCCAGAGUGUGAUCAUGAACUGCUGGAUUCAGCACGUACCAUUACCUUUCCGGUAUAAGCAGAUCAGACCAUACGUUCCCGAAAGGAUCAACCCCACCUCGGUCCACGCAAAACUCGUGGACAUCCUGUCGCGAGUGAUUGAGUUCAGAGAUGACCUCAAGGCAAGGUCGUAUUCGAAUCCCGACGCGAUACUGCAGAAGGCUUUAGAGCUUGAUGCUUCUUUGAAGACCUUCAUUGAAGAGAUGCCACACCAUGCGUCUUUUGAAAAAUGCUGGAUGCCGACGAUACAGGCGACAGAAGUGCAGCAACUGGUGUACAAUUGGGUUUUUCAUGGUGAGACCCUCGUAGUUUAG